AUGUAUGAUUACUACAAGGUGAGAGGUCAGGGGUCAGGGGUUAGACUGCUCUAUGAUUACUACAAGAUCCCAAGAGACAAGCGACUGCUGGCCAGCUCUAAAGCACCAGAGACAUCAGCCCCUGACUCCCAGGGGAACCUGGAGAAUCGUGUUCAAGGGCUAAAAUCUGAACCUGUCAACCUGUCUCUUAACAUCCAGCAGCUGGACUGUACAGACAGGCAAGGGUAUGGAGGGGCACCUGGGGAGGCAGUGGGAGCUGUGGUGAAGACUGAGGACCAGACGUCUUGCUACAUGGCUCUUGGGGGUCCGGGGGGGCCUGGGGGGUCGUACAGGGGAGAGGGGGAGCGGCAGCAGGUCCGGGUGGUUUAUGAGCAGAUCAAUCCCAAUUCCGUGGUCAGCCCUGUCAGCCAUGUUGGGAGACACAGAGGCUACACGAAGGAGGAACAGAGUCAGAAGAGUUCUCCAGACAGCACCAACGAUGCCUCGUACCCYGAGGAGCAGGAG